CUUCAGAUUUCUCUACUUCUGACGUUACACCCAAAUAUCAACACCUUUCAACAUUACCUCGUAUCCUUUACCUGGUAAGCAAAAUGGCGAAGCCGAUAGAGAUUGUGUCGCCAGAGCAAUUUAGUGAGGUGCUGAAAAGCUCGCGAAUUGUUGUUGCAGACUUCUACGCAGAAUGGUGCGGCCCAUGCAAGCAAAUCGCCCCCUUUUACGAACAGCUCUCGAGAUCUCUCUCCCGCCCAAAAGUUGCAACAUUUGUCAAGGUCAACACCGAGAACGAAGGAGCCAAGCUGGUCACCGCUGAGUACGCCGUCACACAUCUGCCUACAUUUGUCAUCUUCCGCGAUGGUGAGGUUGUAGAGAAAGUUAAGGGUGCCAACCCGAAACAACUUCAGACCGUCCUUGAGAAGCUGAGUGGUGAUAUCGAGAACGUUGCACAGGGCGACAGUUCCGGAGCUAGUUCAGGAGGUAUCGCCUGGCGAGGAGCCGAUCUACCACGAGGCUAUAUUGACGUCUCGGGCACCAUCGACGUACGCGGAUUAGAACUACUGAAUGUUGACGAGAGCCAGUUCUCUGUCCGGACUCUCUUCGACAAGAGCAAGCCCUCAGCAUUAUCCAAGGACAAGGCCUCGAGUACCGAGAAGGAUUGGGUAGAGAGUGACACGGACGAGCAGCUAUUGCUCUUUACUCCAUUCAACUCGGCCGUCAAGCUCCAUACUUUACAAAUCUCCUCCUUGCCACCCACAGACGAGGAUGACGACGACGUGCCGAUGAGACCCAAGACUAUCAAGCUCUUCACGAACCGACCCCACAAUCUUGGCUUCGACGAGGCAGAAGAUAUCGACUCGACCCAGACCAUUGAGAUUAGCGAGAGUGACUGGAACUCUAACGGCACCGCUAACCUGAGCUUGCGAUUCGUCCGAUUCCAGAACGUCACAAGCCUAAUCAUCUUUGUUGUGGAUGGUGAUGGUGAUGGCGACAAGGUUCGCAUAGACCGAAUAAGACUGAUUGGCGAGUCUGGCGGAAAAAGAGAAAUGGGCAAGCUCGAAAAGAUCGGUGAUGCGCCAGGCGAAUAGACUGUACCUAUUAGGUUGCAAUCGUUUAGCAAGCAGUCGCGAUUAUGAUUAUGGACAAUGAGGGCAAUGAAUCAAUAACAAUGAUCAGUUCGAGACGCUUCACGGCCACGGCCGGAGCUAUAUAGAGGUUAUGAAUUGACAUACACCUUGCUGACUGCAAGAAAUUCUUUUUUAAAUU